AUGAAUGUUGGUCUUACCAAAGAGUUCACUGUGGCAGAGACUAAAGAAGUUAUUUUCCAUAUGAAUCCACUAGGAUCUCUUGGUCCUUAUGGCUUUCGUGCAUCUUUCUAUCAAAACCACUUGGAGAUAGUAGGACCUGGAGUGAGUGCUGUUGUUUUAGAGGUUCUAAAUAAAGGGAAAUGGUCUGAUAGCCUAAAUGACACUUAUAUCACUCUUAUUCCGAAGUCCAAAUCUCCCUUAAAGGGAUUUUUCAAGCUUAACUUGGAUGCUGCUCUAAGUAAGGUUCACUACAAGGUUGGUAUUAGUGUUAUUAUUCGUGAUUGGGAGGGAAAAAUUAGGGCAACAUUGAGGAUGAAGAGGGAUCUUUUCUUGAAUCCUUUCCUAGCAGAAGUUGUUGCUGUUGCUGCUCUUCAUGCCACAUUGUUUUGCCAAGACGUGGGCUUCAAAUAUAUAAUCCUAGAAGGGGAUGCAUUACAGGGAGUCCAGGGGAUCCAAAAUUCUGCUGAGGUUGGGACUAGCACAUGCAUGAUUAUGGCAGAUACAAGAUCAAUGUUGGCUAAUUUUGAUUCCUGGUCAGUGCAACACAUUGAGAGGAAUAAGAACAAAGCUGCUCAUGCUCUAGGAAAAGAAGCCCUUGAUAUACUGAAUACUAUAAUUGUAAUGGAGAAAAUUCUUCAAUGUAUUCUUUCUCUAUUAUAG